AUGUUGCUCACGCUCAAACCGCCAAACCAGAACGACUUCAAGUCUCCACAUGAUUAUCCCUCCUUCAAUUCAUCGAGCUCCAGAUACUCUCCACCACCCACUGUUGGGAACUCUAGCGGGUUCUCCGACACUUUCGACUCAAGAAUGAGCAACCCGCACCGAGGCCUGCCACCACCAGCUGCCAUGACCCUUCCUCCUGCGAGCAGCAAUCUCCCUGCCAUGGCUCCUUUAGGCCAGCUGCCAGCGCCGCCCUCUCAAUGGCCUGGAGCAGAAGAGUCGAUGCGCAAUUGGCUACAUGCGAAGGCGGAGGAAGACAAGCGCAGGCAGGAAGAAGAGAAGACAAAGCAGGAGACCAUGAGACUGGACCAAAGGCGGAUAGAGCAGACUAUGCUGCGAGAGUCCUUACAGGGCGGAGUGCCGCCAGUAAUGGUUCCGCUCAUCUUUGCUGGCAUGGGCGGGGGAAAUCUUCCAAAUCAAAGUUUGGAGUGGGCGCAGCAUUACAUGGCCCAGAUGAGCCUACAACAGAACCAGCAACAGCAGCAACAACUUCAGGCUCAACAGCAAGCGCAACAACAACAACAACAACAACAACAACAACAACAACAACAGCUACAGCAGCAGCAGCAGCAGCAACUACAACAGCAGCAAUCGGUGUCUGCAGAGGACAUUCGUCGGGACAAUCGAAUGGUACCACCCAGUGCCUACCCUAGUCACCAGCAAAUACAACCUGCUCUUACAGCUCCUCCAGGCCAGGCGCAGCAAAUUCUCGCUCAGGCAACUCAGACUCCACUCGCUCGUCAAGCAGCUGGUCCACGGACAUCGACAUCUUCCAGUAGUCUAUCGCGGCUCAACACCAAUGAAAUUCAGAUACAAGGACCUCCUACCACUACUGCCCCGGCACCAUUCGCGUCGCAAGGGUCACAUCCAUUGCAGCAGAGCCAGAUGGCACCGCAGGAAUCUCAGCAAGCUCAGUCCUCCCCUGUAAUAUAUUUUCAUCACUGGGUGCCCCCGAACACCAGUUCGGGUCAAAAUCCUCCUACCCCAUCCACAAAAAGCCAGCACGGUUCUCCAUAUUCGCAAAACGCUCCGUCACAUCUACGCGCCGAUUAUCAGAACUCACCCAAGAAACGCAAAGCAACCGGAGGCCAUCAAGCACCUCCAGCUCCAACAAGCCAACCUGAGUCAUCACCUCAAUUCUCACGGACAUCAUCGCGAGAUCGGGAAUCACCUCCUAGCCAGCAGCGAGAGAGGGCGCAGGACUCGCGACGUGGGAGUGGUGGGUCGUCAACCCGGGGCUACAAUGGUCACUCGAUGGCGCGACCCAGCAGUCGCCAGCUCCGGCAGGAGCAUAGCGGAGAGAGUGAAGGUUUAGGCUUGAACAGGCAAGGGGCGGGAUCGUCAUCAAGUACGUCGGGUGAUGAACCCCAAAUCCGGAUGCACGGCCCAGGGUCUGAAACUCGCCAAUCUCGCUACCCGGCUGGACCGGAGAUGAGAGAACGCCGAGAAGACAUGUGA